AUGGUUGACAACUGGGACGAAAUACUUGAACCUUUUGGAAAUCCCUCGAUCGUGCGCUCUAUUGGCAAUUGGCUUGGCCGUCUGGCCACAAUGGUUCUUUGCCUGCAAGUGGGCCAUCCGACUAUUGUUCUUUCGAAUCAAUUUUGUUGGGAAUGCAUCAUUGAAAAGUGGAGAGAGAUCCAUUCGGAUCGUAUCCGAAAGUCUCAGGCCUCGGACUCGGACCCGCAGCCUGAGUCAGGAUAUCCUGAAGAUGCAAUUUCUCCAGAUGCUGCAGCUAGUGGGUUGGGCUAG